AUGGAGCGCAAGCUGAUGGAGCUUGCAGACCUCGUGACGAACCGGCCUAAUGGCGCAGAGAUUUUCCAUCGUGAGAGGGAAGCCUGCGUGGAGUUGGCCGGCCGCCUUGCACCAGGCAUCGUCGAGAAGCUGCAGGGCCUGCCCUUCAGGGCAAACACCAAGGGCAAGCAUGGCGGAGCCCUGGACAAGAUCAUCGCAGAGCUGAAGGCCGGAGAGCCCCACCGACCGGAGGCAAAGUGUCCCGACCCGCCUCCUCACGACCUUGGCGCGGGCAAGCGCAAGCUGCCAAAGGCAGCAGCGAAGCGUGAAGCAAAAGGCAAAGCGCAACCACGACCUCGGGCUGCGCGGAAGCAAGCGGUGGCAGAAGCAAAACCAGAAGCUGUUUCGGCCGAUCCGCCAGCUGCGCCGGCUCCACCUUCAGGCGAGGCGAAGCAAGCUGCGUUGACCAGCUUCUUCAAGUCGAAAGCGGUGGAUGCAGUGGCCACUGCACCAGCGGCGCCACCAGAAGCACCAGACAUGGCUGCCGCUGGCAUCGACCUUGAAAGUUACUACAAAGAGUUGGAGCUGUGCCCCGGAGCAUCCUUGCGGGAGAUCAACACCGCCUAUCGCAAAAGGGCGCUGCAGACCCACCCGGACAAGGGCGGCUCCUCAGCCUCCUUCCGCCGAGUCCAAGCGGCCUACGUGGCCCUGACGGACUCCCUGCGCAAGGCUGAAGAAGAAACCAGCUUGAGCGAGUGCUCAGACCGGCUCUUCGCGGCACUUUUACUGCGCGGGGAGUGCCCUGCCGACGAGCUGAAGCUCUACAAGAUCGAAGUUCUCAGAAAGUUCAAAGACAAGCUGCAGGCCAUGUCCAAACAAAUGCAAGUGACAAUGGAUGUCGAGCUGGACGAGAACAACAGCAAGGGCCUCUCGCGCAACCGAACUGGCUUUGCGGUUGAUGUCAGUUGGAGAUCCUUCCGGAUGAGAGCCACCCACAUCCCCACCCUGGAGCAAGCUCUAGCAAUACAUGUCGCGGCCGUGACUACGCGGCAACGAGCGCUGGCGCGCUUCAACAUGUAUCUGGAGCGCAGAAGGGCGACGGGACAAAUGGGGAAAACUGCCGAGGAGGUGCACCCUCUGGAAAGGCAGGAGCUGGAGGCCUUGAUGGCCGAAGCCCCUUGGACAUUCCAGUUCGCCUCCGAUGUGCACGGCAAGACCAGAGUGAUGUCGCCGUGGACGCCCUGCUUGGCGUCGGCACUCGAGUUUCGAGGCCUGAUAUACGCGGCCAUUGAUGCGGCCAAGGAGGCCAAGGAGAGGCCGGGCAACAUGACACGGAUCGCUACACUCAAGAAGCAGAUGGCGAAGGAGGCGGCCCAGCACAGAGAGGAUGCUCCAAGAGCUCGAGCUGCUCUCCUUGAGGCCAUCGAUCAGUGCAUAGAAGCAGAGCCCGCGCGGCCCAGCGAAGCCAUUCCGCAGCAGACGAAAGCCAUCGAGGCUAGCCAAGGGCCUACGUACCGACCGAACACCUCCCUACCUGCGUAA